AGUCCCGUAAACUUAGGUGCGAUCUUGUAGAACUAAUGAAAGAAGAUUCGGAAGUAGCAAACCGGUUGUUACAGAACUAUAAGAUUAUUCCUUUUUUUUAUGUUGAGGGUUCGAACGUGGAUUUUUCUUGUGCACUCAACUACGGUGACAUCUGCGCUUUGUUCACCUUAUGGUCUGCGUUUCCGUUGAGUGCCCGUUGCGUGCCCUCAGCUUUAGUUUUAUUUUUUAUUAUCGCUCUAACUAUUAUAAUUACUUCAACAUAUAAGAAUCAUCGUGAAAAAUAUCCUGAUGUUCAGAUGUUUUGGAAUAACAGAGUCAUCUGUCGUCAAUUCGAGUCUACAAUUAGAAAGUUUUAUUACAUUCCCAUUACUUUGAGUUCCUAUUCCAAUUCAAACUUGUAUUAUUACAUAUCCUUAUUAGGUAAAUACGGCUCGAACAGUAAUGUAUGGCACGAGAAGUUGAUCAAAACCGCCUUAAACGAAGUAGAUAACAAACUGAAAACCGAUGACUCUAACUAUGGACCGGAUUUAAACAACGAGAUCGAAAACUUUUUUCAAUCAUCCAAUUUGUUUGGGAAAGUGAACAACGAAACGGACAGCGAAAAGGACGAGGUAAUUGAGAUUAUUCAUCGGAAAGAAAAACAUAAGCGAGAUGAGUUUCUUCAACAUGCAAUUGAACAGGAAGCCUUAUUCGAAGGUUUAAAAUUACAAACUCCUAAAAAUCGAGAAAACGAAUUUGGUCCAGAGCAGAAAAAGAUCAAACCAAAUGAAAGUGAUGAAGAGGAGAUUGUGGUGUCACAUGAUUCGCAGUUUCAGGCUCAACAACGAACACCCGAACGUCAAUUCAGUCCAUCAACUUCCGUGCCUGAGGUUAUUGAUACUGUUUUCGAACCUCAGCCGAUGGUUUGGGAGUUCGAUGAACCAGAGCCAACCUGGCUAAAGAAAGUAAUAAACCGACAAAAGUUUUUGAUCUCACAAACGGAUCCGUCUUCCAGAUAUGAAUCGUCAUUAAGCCCGAUCUGGUGGCGAAUAAUAGAUGCCUCUGAUCCAAAAAUUACAUCAGAUCUUCUGACUGAAGCGGACAUGUCGGAGCUGAUCGCCGUAUUUGCAUCUGUCCUUAAUGUAGGCAAUCCCACUGAAGAUUGGGCUAUACUGGAACCUUCAGUUGAGAGGUGUUUACAGGCUCUUGCUAAGCUUGAUAACGAUCAUCUCAGUAGGGUUGGAAAAAUAGUGCAACUCGAAGGAUCACAUGGAGCUAUCCUUGAAAUUCAGAAAAUAGUGAAGAACGUUGAGACAUCAAGCUUAAGCGUUUCUUUAUUUGGCAAUGAAGAUACGAAUGAUAAGGUAAAGCCAACACCUUCUGUUGAAGAAAAAGACUACCUGAACCCUGAUGUGCAAUUUAUUUUGGACUUGGUUCGAUUUACAUGUGAAAUGCUUGCGAAGGGAAUUCCCCAGCGAAAAUAUUCUGAAAGAGACGUUGAUGUAUUCAUCAACGGCACCUAUUUUCGUGCCUUGACAAUAUUCUAG